UGCAGAAAAAAUAAUUGCCUCAAGAAUUGAGCAUUCACAAGAUACCUUCUCUCUCUCUCUCUCUCUCUCUCUCUCUCUCUCAACCAUAUAUUUUAUAGUAGCACAAAUCAACUAGGAUCUCAUCAUGGACCCCUCCGGCUUCGCCACCGGCGGGAAUCUACCUCCACCGCCAGGAAGGUCAAAGCCACAGCAGCCACCACCUCUACAACCGUCAAGUUCACAAUCACCAACAAAAAAACAGAACCAAAUCCAAGGCCUUCGCCCUCCAGCACUUAAACUCCAUCAAGUCUCUAACAAAAUCAAGAAACCACCACGUCCUCCAGCGCAGCAGCAACCAGUGAUCAUCUACGCAGUGUCCCCGAAAAUCAUCCACACCGAGGUUUCCGAGUUCAUGGCCGUGGUCCAGCGCCUAACGGGACUCUCAUCUGGGGACUUCUCAGGCGACGGAGAAGUAUCACCAGAAGCAAGAUUAGCUGCAACAGAGAAGGCAAGUCCGAGGGAGAGAAGCAGUACAAGCAUUGAAGAAAGAAAUGAUCUGAUGGAUAUGUUAGAGGGGGUAGAGAUAGGUCAGAUUCCAGGGAUCCUAUCACCGGCACCGGCGAUGUUAUCUCCGGUGCCUUCCGGGUUUUUCUCGCCGGUGACAGACCCAAAAUUCUUUUAUGAUAUGAGCAGUCCAUAUGGAAGCAACAGUUUUAUAUAUAGUCCUUCAGGUUUGUUAUCAGCUCCUAUGUUUUCUCCAUUACCUUCACCAGAUAUCUUCAACCUGUUCAUGGAUCAUGAGGAGGAGAAGAGGGAGGAGGGGGAGGAGGAGGAGGAGGAAGAGGAGGGGUGAUGGUGGUUCGCGAUUGGUUGUGUUGUUCGUAUUGACUGAGAAAGGAGCGGGUUGAUUCUUUAAGUUGACUGACCUUUGUUUGAAGUGUAUGAGAAGAAAAGGAGAAAAAUUAAUUUGUAGAUUUUUGUAAUUGUGAGGCAGCUAAUGGUAAUUGUAAUUUUUGUAGAA